AUGUUCAGUGAACAAUGCAUUCAGGUGCUAAGGCCACCGCUGUUGUCGCGCUUGUUCUUUUUGCAUAUACUACAACAAACAAAUGCUUCAUUUGAAAUUGUUUCGGAGCAAGAUUUACUUGAAUAUCAAAAACUAAUACCCUGGCAGGCAAUGACUCUGCUAAUUGGCAGCGUUGGUGUUGUUAUCAAUUUACUUUUGCUUACUGUAUUCUGUGGUUUUUCCACUUUCUGGUCGCGGUACAAGCUAUUCAUAUGCUUAGCAGUUGGUGAUUUAUUCAAUUGCCUUGGAAUAGCCCUGCUUGGCUUAAACAGACGAUACUUAUUCAAGGAGGUGACCGAGCGAGGAUACGCAAUACCACAAGUAGGUUUUCAUGCUGCAUUUUCAUCAGCGCUAAUCACGGAAGCAAAAACUGAUAUGGAUCGGCUGCGCCAAAAGAUUUCUGGAUUAUGUGCCUUGUUCGGCAAGGUUGCGGGCACAAAACGAAAUGUCGUUAUAGAGCUUGAAAGCCAACGAGCAUGGGUUGAGUACUCGACUUCGCCAGGGGAAUUGAAUCCUAUUUCCGACGCUACGCUUGCCGGCCUGACGCCGAUAUCCUGCGCUAUGAAAGCAUAUGUUUGGAUACGUCUGAUUGGAACAUUAUGGCCACCAGCUAUACAGCUUGCCAUUGGCGCCGAUCGGGCUGCCUCCAUUCUGAAACCAUUCUGGCAUCGUCGUUACAUCGAUAAUAAGGAUUGGCAGUUGGGCGUUACUACGUUUCUCUUCGUCAUGGUUUCUCUGUUUGCCGGAUUGUUAAUUGUUUUAAUGAAUAGCGAUCGGACGGUUAUCUUUUAUUGUGGACGGAAGGCAACAUUUUCGAACGGAUUUGGCUAUUACGUAUAUUUUGCCGAGGUGUCGUUCUUGUAUUUCGCAAUAAACAUGAAAAGAUUACAUGUGUAA